UCACGGUGGCAAUCGGAAUUUCAUCAAAAUCACCAUUGUUUCGUGUCGAUGAGUUAGUAGUUUGUGCGCAAUCUAAAAAUAAUCAGUUCAAUAGUUAAGCAUCGUGAAAAUAGCUUGUAACUGUCUUGCUCCACAAGGAAUUUCAAACCACAUUUCAAAGUGAAUUACUUAGAUCCGAAUAAGUUUGAUCUACCGUCAUCAUGACUCCUAAUCUCCAAACAUUCGUCAACAGCUUUCAAAAUCGACUAGAACCACCGGUUCGCCAGCAUUUGAAAAAUGUCUAUGGAACCUUGAUGAUGACAUGUGGUGCCGCUCUGGGUGGGGUAUACGUUGAUAUGUACACCUGGUUCCAAGCUGGCAUCUUAUCUGCUAUUGUUGGAGCUGGCCUCAUGUUGAUGUUGAUUGCAACACCUGACAAUGGCAAAAAUACCAACCUCCGUCUGGGAUAUCUCUUGGGUUUCGGUCUUACUUCAGGAAUGAGCCUGGGACCUCUCCUGGAGUAUGUCAGCUUCGUCGAUCCAUCCAUCAUAGUGACAGCUCUGUUGGGCAGCACACUGGUGUUUGUUUGCUUCUCCAUUGCUGCCAUGCUGGCUGACCGCGGCAGCUGGUUGUUCCUGGGAGGAACCCUGAUGACUCUGCUUACAUCCAUGUCACUCAUGACCUUAGUCAAUAUCUUCAUGCAGUCCCACUUCCUUUAUCAAGCUCACCUUUACCUUGGACUUAUGCUGAUGUGUGGAUUUGUACUAUUUGACACACAACUCAUAAUUGAGAAACGCAGAAUGGGCAGCAAGGACUUUGUGCAACAUGCUCUGGAGCUGUUCAUUGAUUUCAUUGGAAUGUUCAGAAGACUGCUCAUCAUCUUGUCACAGAAGGAAGAACAGAACCGCCGCCGCAAACGUGAUUAAACAACUUUACGACGCAAAUUCCUUAUUUACGCAAGACUUAACCAGUGUGACGUGAGGUUACUAUGACGUACUCAUGUACACCUACGUGUAGGUUGCUCAAAUGAGUCAUCUGUUAACUGAUGCAACAAAGCAGUUAAGUUUCGCGAAGGCAAGGAUAAUCUGCUCAUAACUUUGGGAAGAAUCCUUUAAAUACUGUUUUUAUUUACUAUUUUGUUAACCAUAAGAUAUUUAAGAAAUUUACAAGUUUAAUAAAGGAUACAUUGGAACCGAUUGGAA